UAACCUAGAUUGCAAAUAAUUGAAAAAUUUUAAAUCGCCUCCAGCGUCGCAGUUUACUGGUGCUACCUGCGAUGUGACUGAAUUUCGUAAUUAGCAUAAUUGUACGUCGGCUAUAAAAGUAAGUGCUCGUACGUGUAUAAUCACUAAGGUGAGAUGUUAUAAUCAACUAAAGUAAAUGUACACGUACACAGCUUGUCAAGUUGCAUUAACAAAAUGAACGCUUUCCAUUCAUUUCCCAAAAUUAAUUUUCCAAUGGAAAAUCUGAUUCAUUUUGUUAGCUGGAAAAAUUUGCGACGUCACAUUAAAAGUGUGGUUUUUACCUUGGUAGCUUUAGGUACAAUACUAUGUAUAGUGAUAGUAGCUUUAAACACGCAAUCAAAAGAAGCUGUACCGACUAUUCCGGCGAUUGCAAACAACGUGUGUUUGGCACCCGACUGUGUGAUAAUGGCGUCGAAAAUUCUCAACAAUAUGGAUUUAAAGAUAGACCCGUGCACUGAUUUUUACAGCUUUACCUGUGGGAACUUUAUGAAAAAUACUCCAGUUCCAGCGGACGAGUAUAUAGUUAGCUCAUUUCAAGAUGCACAGAAACAGGUGCUUCUGCAACUGAGAAACUUAUUGGAAGAGCGGUCCACGUCAAAGGAGCUGCUUCCAUUUAAACUGGUGAAAAACUUCUACAAGUCCUGCAUGAAUACUACCGCAAUCGAGGCGGAUGGUUUAAAAACCAUUAAAAUCAUUUUGAGUAGUUUAAACGGAUGGCCUGUAAUUGAAGGGGACGAGUGGUACUAUGCUAAGUUCGAUUGGAAGCAGGCGAUGUAUACGCUGAGAAACAUUGGAUUUUCGGCCAAUUACCUCAUAAAGUUGGACGUAAUCAUCGACUUACAGAACUCGUCGUUACGAGUGAUUAGUUUAGACCAAGCCGACUUUGGAAUAAAUCGCCGGAAUUUAAUUAAUGGCUUCAACGAUUCGGUCGUGCAAAGCUACUACAACUAUAUGGUUGAUGUGGCUGAAAUACUUGGUGCCAAUCGAUCACAGGCACUUGUAGAGCUGGCAGAAAGCUUGAAAUUAGAGAUGGAGCUCGCAAAGAUUUCGUGGUCUCCGUCUCAACGGCAAGAAGAAAAACUAAUGUACAAUCCAAUUACAGUACUGAAAUUGCAAAACGAAUACCCUAACACGAAUUGGAAAAAAUAUAUCAAAUACAUUCUGGACAUACCUGGUUUUCAGGUAUCCGACGACGACAUCGUGGUUCUACGAAUACCAAAGUAUCUCAAUGACUUGGAAGAUUUAUUACAGGAAACGUCGAAACGCGUACAAGCAAAUUAUAUUAUGUGGCGAGUGUUGCUCUCUACCACACAAUAUUUGAACGUCCAGUUACGUAAUAGAAGGUUGGAAUUCUAUAAAGAAGUAUAUGGAGAACAGAGAUCAAAGUCCUUGUGGAAAGAAUGCGUUACCAACACUAUACUUAACUUUUGGGAAUCACUAUCAAACUUGUAUAUGAGGAAACACUCCCACAAUCAAGCCAAAAGGACCAUAAACACGAUGUUCACAAAAAUUGGUGCCAACUUUGUAAAUCUAAUAAAGAAAUCCAAGUGGAUGGACAACGAAACGAAGGAGCACGCCUACGAAAAGUCAGCCGGAAUGCCCUACUACACGACGCACUCUGACGAAAUGGAUGACAAAACCCUACUUAACUUCUACUCAACGCUGACGUUCACGACCAACAAGUACCUGAGAUCCGUACUAGAUGUCUGGUUAUUUAAAAGUAACAACCACUUCAAAAAGAUUCGCCAACCUGUUGCAAAGGAAAACAGGCAGUGGGAUGUUUCAUUAGUUUACCAAAUGGGGGUUCCCCAAGGAUUAUUCCAAGGGCCGUUCUUUAGCAAAGAUCGGCCCAAUUACUCGAACUUCGGCGCGGUGGGUUCAAUAAUUGGCCACCUGAUUACUCACAUCUUCGACAGUCACGGCAGGCAGUACGACAAGGACUUGGAGCUGUCAGAUUGGUGGACGAAUCACACGAAGGAGGCCUAUAAGAAUGUUACCCGAUGUGUUGUAGGACAGUAUAAUAAUUACACUAUCAAGGAAGUGAAUAUGAAGUUGAAUGGUCAGCGUACUCUCGAUGAAAACAUUGCCGAUGUGACCGGCUUGAAGGUAGCGUACUUGGCGUAUACAGGUUGGGCAAAGAGUCGUCCGCCCGAGCCGUUGCUGCCCGGUUUGAAUUACACCCAGAACCAGAUGUUUUGGAUCUCUGCCGCGAGCAUGUGGUGUACGAAGUACAGAAAUGAGUAUCUUACGUUAAUGGCGCUGUUCUUUCCUUUUCCUCCGGCGAGCUUGCGAGUUACCGGGUCGUUGAGUAACUUACCCCAAUUCGCUGCAGAUUUCAAAUGUUCAACAAAGUCUGUUAUGAAUAAGGGUAAAAAGUGCGUUGUAUGGUGAAUUGGAUCUAUGUUGUUAAACUAAGGGAAAUAAAACUUGUUCAAUUAUUUUGAGGGAAAUGUGUGUGGAUCUCGGGCUUUAGUGGUUGAGCUGACGACCUGUGGGGUGCUCAGGCUCCGGCAAACCAUCUCAUGUUGACUCAUUUUCAUAAUUUACGACGCUAUGACUUUGACUAACUAACAAAUCUCCCAAAUAGAAUACUUUACAAGUAAAGUAUCAGGCGAUCAAAAAUGG